AAGCACUUUUGAAACUCUUAUCAUCUUCAACAUAAACGCCUCUACCAACAUCUGUACUGGUGCAGUCAUCGGGAGGACAAACCCUUCAUGCAAACUGCACCUACUAUCAAGAAGAAGAAGAAGAAUCCCGGUGUAACCGCUUAGCUACAGACAACAGCAACGAUCAGCUGACGGAACAUCAACACAACCUCCAGCCCUCGCUGGUCAAGUCUGAACUCUCAAACACAACAACUUCCCCCAUCAACAACAAGACAACAGCCUUGCCACAUCAUAAUCAGUGACGUGCUACAGAGUGACGCGUCUCCCCCACAUCACCACUCGUAGAGAUAAACCUUCGAGUCCGAGGUGCGAGUGGCUGAAUCUAUAACAACAACAACCCGGACUCUUAAGGACGACUAUAUAGCACCAUGUGUCUCUUCAAGCCCGUGACACAUGUUAUAUUCGAUAUGGAUGGGCUAUUAUUAGGCACAGAGUCACUGUAUACUGCUGCCACAGAAUGUGUAAUUAAGCCAUUUGGGAAAAUGUACUCAUGGGAGGUUAAAGUGGCACAGAUGGGACAGAAAGCAGAAAACUGUGCACAAAUAAUCAUCAGCUCUCUGGAAAUUCCUCUUUCUGUGAAGGAUUAUCUGACACAGGUGGCAGAGAUUCACCGGAAGAUCAUGCCAACAGCGCAGUUGAUGCCAGACACGGAACGACUGUAUGCACAGGCAGCAGAAAUAAUAGCUACAGAAUAUGGAAAAUCAUUCACAUGGGAGAUGCAGGUGCACUGUAUGGGUCUCAAGGCUAAUAUUGAUGCUCUCUAUAAUAUUGAAUCUCUUGAUCUACCCCUCACUGUGGACCAGUACUUGGAUAAAGUCAGUCUUGUGUAUAAAACUGUGUUUCCAAGCGCCCAGUUAAUGCCAGACACGGAGAGGCUAUACACAGAUGCCACGCAGGCAAUUGCAUCACAGUACAGCAAGGUGUACACUUGGGAGAUUAAAGUGAGGUGUAUGGGAAUGAAGGGAUCUAUGGCAGCACAACACAUCAUUGAAUCCCUUGAACUGCCACUUACUGUUGAGGAGUAUCUUGAGAAAAUUGUCAGUCAGUAUGACGUACUCUUCCCUAAUGCCAAAGUCUUACCAGGGGCUGAAAAACUGGUUCGCCAUCUCCACAAACACAACAUUCCCAUAGCCAUUGCUUCAGGCGGUGCUCAAGAUAGUUAUGAAUUGAAAACAACAAAUCACAAGGAGUUUGUUACCAUGUUCAAUCACGUGGUGCUAGCCUCCACAGACCCAGAGGUCAAAAACGGAAAGCCUGCUCCAGAUGUUUUUCUCGUAUGUGCGAGUAGAUUCUCUGAUACUCCCAAACCUGAGCAGUGCCUGGUGUUUGAGGAUGCUCCAAAUGGUGUAGCUGCAGGAGUUGCUGCUGGGAUGCAAGUGAUAAUGGUUCCAGAUUCUCGCUUGGAUGAUAAAAUGACUAAAGGAGCUUCGCAGGUUUUGAAGUCACUUGAAGACUUCAAGCCAGAAUUAUUUGGCCUACCCAAAUAUGACGAUUAAAUUUAUAAUGUUAGCAAUGCAUAUGUCUGUAUCCUUUACCCAAAAUGGAAAGGGCAGUAAUUAUGCAUUAUUUUAAAAUAGAAACUAAUGUUAGUGAAAAAUCAUCAUUUUAAUUUGGCUGCUGAUCAGAUUUAACAAAUUAUUUUAUUGAAAGGAAAUAUUUCAUAUAAUAUUGCAGUGUGAAUGUUUCCCGUUUUCAAAUAUCAGAAAUAAUAUUUUAUCCUAUGCCAAUAUCUUGGCAUUAUAAGAUUCAACAACAGUUUGGAGACUGUUGAGACUUUCAUUCCUCUUUUUCUUAGUUUUAUUUAUCUGUUGUUUGACAGAUUUGGAAUACUUUACAUCUAGUCUGUUAAUUGACUGAAAUGAUGGAAAACUUUCACCAACAUAUUAGCUUAAUUUAAGGCUGGUGAACUGGUGUUAGUUCCUUGUAAUGGUACCAAGUGCAGAAGGUGAAAUGAAAAGUUUUUGCAAAUGUGGGGGAUAAAUUUGUUGUUGUGUAUGUUGGAUAAGAUUAGGCAGUUUGCAACUUUUAUCUUGGAGACGUUUCUGUAAUCUUUGAGAAGAAUAGUAAAUUGAAAGUGUGUUUAGAUAGAAUUUGUAUAAUGUAUGUAGUUGUGCAUUGAAUAUUGAAAUUAUAUGCCCAUGUAUGAAAAUGAUGUAAAUCUUUUUAUCUUUGUGUAUAUUUUUGUAUAUAUGUAUGCACUUUAAUUUUUUACCAAAACAAUAAUGAAAACCUUAUUAAGGUAAUGAAAUGUUGCUCACUGCAAUGUUAGCACAGUGUAUGAGCAAAAAUUAUUCAAGCAUUUACUGUCUUCCUGUCUUCAGUAUAUACACAGUAUAUAUUAUGGUGUUCAGUUGGUAUAGAACACCAGUGAAAACAUCUCUCAGAGGCAGACAUGAAGUAGAAUUUUGUUUUUGCAUGGUUUCUUGCAUCCAAUUGUUGAGCCAUACUUAUCAUUGAUAUUUCACUUCUUGCUACUUAGCAGAUUUUUUUUUAACUAUUAGCAAAUUUGUUAUUCAGUUAAGAACUCGAACGCCCAAAAUAUCCAUGAUAAAUGAAACAUAUCUUGUUGUUGUUAUGUUUGAAGGUUGCAAAGUAUCAAAGUUUACUUGUUAAAAAAACAGUAUGCUGAGCAUGCAAGUGUAAGAAAAUGAGGGUGACAAACAAAAAUGGCACAAGAUGAUCAAGUCAUGGUUGGAUGUAGCAAAAGAUACAUAAUAAAAAAGAUGGUACCCAGCCUGA